AUCGAGAAACUCGAAGCCGGUUUUAAUAAACUGCAGACGUCCGAACAAUGUAAGUCUUUACUGAAGAAGUAUCUGACCCGGGAGGUUUUGGACAAGCUCAAAGCCCAUAAGACCGCUAUGGGGGCGACUUUGCUAGAUGCGGUGAGCUCAGGUUUCGAGAACCUCGACUCCGGGAUCGGGGUGUACGCACCCGAUGCCGAGGGUUACACGCUGUUCCGCGAAAUAUUCGAUCCGAUCAUCGAGGAUUAUCACGGCGGCUUCAAGCCGACGGACAAACACCCCGAGACCGACUUCGGAGACUUGUCCAGCUUCGUGGAUCUGGACCCUGAGAACAAGUACGUGAUUUCAACUCGAGUUCGCUGCGGGCGUUCGAUCGCCGAGUUCCCGUUCAACCCCUGCAUGACCGAAGAGCAGUACGUCAGCAUGGAGAACCAAGUAUCGAGUAUUCUGUCUAAACUCGACGGAGAACUCAAGGGAAAAUAUUUUCCCCUGACCGGAAUGGAUAAGGAGACGCAGGACAUGCUCGUCGACGAUCAUUUCCUGUUCAAAGAAGGAGACCGUUUCCUGCAGGCCGCGAAUGCCUGCCGCUUCUGGCCUAAGGGUCGAGGGAUAUACCUGAACGACGAGAAAACGUUCCUGGUUUGGUGCGGCGAGGAGGAUCAUCUUCGAAUCAUCUCCAUGCAGAAGGGCGGUGAUCUGAAAGCGAUCUACAGUCGACUUGUGAACGGAGUGAGAGAAAUCGAAAAAGAGAUCAAGUUCGCAAGGGACGACCGCCUGGGAUGGCUCACCUUCUGUCCGACGAAUCUCGGUACGACAAUCCGAGCGUCGGUACACAUCAAACUACCGAAGUUGGGAGGAGACCGCAAGAAACUCGAGGAGAUCGCCUCGAGACACAACCUGCAGGUUCGGGGCACUCGCGGAGAGCACACCGAGAGCGAGGGCGGAGUAUACGACAUUUCCAACAAGCGGAGACUAGGACUAACGGAGCGUGAGGCAGUCAUGGAAAUGCAGCAGGGCAUCCUGGAGCUCAUCAAGCACGAGGAGUCGAUGUGA